AUGGCGUCAGAGCAGGCCGCGCCGCACCACCAGCCGUCGAUGUCCCGCCAGAACUCGAAACCCAAGGGCAUCCUCAAGAAUGCGCCACCGGCCACCCCCGGAGGGACACAGCACUUGCAGUGGGACGAGGAGAACCUUGCGCUCACGGAGGCGCAGAAGGAUAGCCACAUGAAGAUCACGGAGCCCAAGACUCCUUACGUGCGCUAUAACGCAGAGACGGACACCGUCGAGGGUGACAUCCCAUCGUUCGACCUCAACGGACGCGUCGCCAGCCCCGUAUCGCCCAUCCGCUCGAUGUCGCCCGUGAGCAGUACGGGGGCGACGGGCGGGGGCUCGGGCCCGCCGUCGCGCAGGACGUCGUUCUCCAGCGCAGGCACCCAGGGCGGCCGGUCGUCGACGCCCGGCCGUGGGGGACCCGGGAGCGGGAGCUCGAGCCGGAGCACGAGCUUCAAUCUGCCGAACGAGGCACGGGAGGUCAUCCGGCUCGACGGGCGGCAGCCCGGGGACGAGAUCGAAGUCGAGGAGGAGAUGGACGAGGAAGCUGCCGCGAAGCAUGCCGCGUUCGUACGCGCCCGAGGACGACACUAUUCGAACGAAGCGGAAGCGAUGAAGAUGGCAAAGAAGCUGAUGGCAGAGGAAGACGAGGAUGUCUCGUCCGUGGCGGGGUCUGCCGACCACACGAACGACAGCGUGGACGAAGAUAGCGUGAUGGACGAGGAAGGGUCGGUUCAGGUGAACGGGGUCGCGUACUGA